AUGCAUUUCCUUUAUCCACUUCUGCUAUGCACUUUAGUGUCUAGAGGAACAGCGCAGGUUUAUAUCGACUCGAGAACCGCGACUUCAAACACGGACUCCCUUCUUGAGGCCAAUUUGGAGGAGACCAUAAUACUCUAUGAAUAUAGGAACACUCCACUGAGUGCGAACUUCACCAUCCUUGACGACUUUAACCACGAGUCACUAGCUAUCGGCACCGGCUCGGCUGGAGAAAUUGUUGAGGUCAAACCCAACAGUGGUCAACAAUGGCAAUUCCAGCAACUUGAAGACUACACGCAUGUUGUACGCGUCAGAGACAGCAACAAAUCUAUACAUUUUCCAACGUUGAAGGACGGCGCUGUCGCCACAGUUAGCAAUGAGACUGCAACAUUAUUCGAAGCCGUGAUAGGGCCUAACGUUAUCUACAACCUCAAUGCAACGGAUGCCAACCCUAAUGAUGGGCCAUUGUUUUGGACGAUUGAACCUCUCAGCGCAACGGACCAACGCCCUGUUCUGAAGCUACGUAAACCAGCACUUGGGAGAGCCCGGCAGGAUUUCGUCAUGAAGAAGGUCCCGAAACAAAGCGAUUAG